AUGGAUGCCAAGUUCCAGGCCCUGCAGAGAAAUUUCAUGGACAAGGACUACCAGGAGUUUGAAGACACAGAAGAGAAUAAACUCACCUGCAUGUCAAUUGCUAAUGACUACCUUUCUUUGGAAGAAAAAUAUAUUAAUCCUCUCAUUAAUCUGCUGGAGAGGAUUCCUGGAUUCAACAUGGCAGCCUUCACAGCAACAUUUAAGCACCAUAAAGAUGAAGUGGCUGAUGACAUAUUUGACAUGCUGCUCACAUUUAGGGACUUUCUGGCAUUUAAAGAGAUGUUUCUGGACUAUGGAGCAGAAAAAGAAGGCUGA